GCAUUUCUCAGAGUCUAUCUCUCCAUCUUGAACGUCAGCUCCACGAGAGCAUGGAUUUUCCCAGAAGAGGGAGCAUCCUGUGCAAAGGCCCUGAGGUGGCUUCCAUGCCAGUGCUGGCAGUCGAGGAGGGGAUGGAGGGCUGGAGCCCGGCCUCGCCACUCUACGAGGAGUACCGCCCACCGCCGCUGGACACCAUCCGCCUCCCCAGGUACGCGCUGUACCUGCUUCUGGCUGCAUUCGUUGUGGUGGCCGUAGCCUAUGCCAUUGUCGGGCAUCUCAUCAAGGACCUCGCCCACGACCUGGCUGACUGGGCAUUCGGCCCGAAGCCGCACCAGGAGGAUGCCCCCCGGGAGCUGCCCGAGAGCCCCGAGGACGAGAGUCUGGAGGAGCUGGACCUGCAGCUGGCGCUGGCCUGGCGGGUUGACGAGGACGCUGCUCGGGACAGCGAGGGGGCCCCCGCAGAAGCCACCGCCCGGCCCUGCCACCACCCCUCCAUUGCCUUCAAAGACCCACCAGCCCGAAGCUCCUUCUGGAAGCUGGGCUGAGCCAGGCCCUGCCCUCCAGCCUGGGAGCCGGUUCCAGCCCCUUUGGCGGUUGUAUAAACCGGACU